AUAUUGAACAUAUCUGACAAGACCAUUAAAAUCAGCUACAGUUGUGAACUUUGUCUAUGUUGCAAUCUGAGUUGAACCACUGGAAUGUGGAGUAUGGGAAGGCGGUGCUAAGAGGUGGGAUUACUUCUGUAUGCGUCAUUCAAUAUGAAAGGCUUGCAGAGCCCUACAUGCUAAGCAGAAGAGAGGGUGGUAAGAGAGAGUGGAGCGGCUAUUGCAGAGACCAGCAUCAGCCAUGGGAAAGGCUGCCCAGAAAACCCUCAUCUCUUUACUCUGUCUAGCAGCAGCAAUUUGUAAGGCUGAGGACACCUGCCCAGAGGUGAGGAUAGUGGGACUCAGCAGUUCCGAUAAAUUUGCCAUUCUCCAAGGCUGCCCUGGGUUUCCUGGUGCCGCAGGACCCAAAGGAGACCCAGGAGCUGCAGGAAUGAGAGGAGAACGGGGACCUCCAGGGAUCCCUGGAAAGGCAGGACAAACUGGCCCAAAAGGAGAAAGAGGUCCUGCUGGCUCCCCUGGAGUGAAAGGAGAUAAAGGAGCAUCGGGAACCCUUGGAACAGUUGGAGAGGAAGAGCUGGACAAUAUACAGUGUCAGAAAGGAGCAAAGAACUGCAAGGAGCUGUUAGCUAGAGGGAACAUCCUGAGUGGCUGGUACACCAUCUACCCGCACGACUGUAAUGCCAUGACCGUGCUGUGUGACAUGGACACAGAUGGUGGAGGAUGGAUUGUAUUCCAGAGACGGGUGGAUGGUUCCGUGGAUUUUUACCGCGACUGGAAUUCAUACAAGAGAGGUUUUGGCAGCCGGCUGUCAGAAUUUUGGCUGGGAAACGACAAUAUCCACCUGCUGACAUCCCUUGGAACCAAUGAGCUUCGUGUCGAUCUCAGAGAUUUUGACAACAAGUAUCAAUUUGCUACCUUCGGAUCGUUCAAAAUUACAGGGGAGACCGAGAAAUACAAGCUGAUCCUUGGACCCUUUGUUAAUGGCACUGCAGGGGAUUCAUUAACUUUGCAGAACAACAUGCCGUUUACAACCCAAGACCGAGACAAUGACCAAUAUUCAGGUAACUGUGCAACAUCCUUUAAAGGGGCCUGGUGGUACAAGGAUUGUCAUUGGUCCAACCUGAAUGGAUUAUACUUGAGAGGAGCCCAUGAAAGCUAUGCUGAUGGGGUGAACUGGAAGACUGGCAAAGGGCACAAAUACUCCUACAAGGUGUCAGAGAUGAAAUUUAGGACCGUGUAGCCAAUCAGGGAGGCAGUUAUAAUAGUUACACUUAGCUCUUAUACAGGCCUGUCAUAUUGAUCAUUUAUCUGGAGAUUUGCUGAGAUGAAUUCUUUUUAUACCACAAUGUUUUCUUUGUCUUUUUU